AUGUGGUCAAUAGUUUGUUUCAUCGAUGAAGAUACUUCUGAAUCAGUAGAGCGUCGCUUAGUACCUAACUCAAUUGAGUUUGGUUAUUAUAAUGCACGGCCAUUAGCAAGAGAUAUAAAAAUCAGCAGUAACAGCAGUGAUAUAGUCGAUGAUAAUGAUGAUUCCGAUGUUGAUGAAACAUAUGAACCAUGUCCAUUUGUAAGAAAUCACUCACCAGAUGUAUUAUUGAGUCCAGGUAAUAUUGAUCUAGAUUUAAAUUAUAAAAUAAUGAAUAACAAUAUGGCAAAUCAAAGUGUUAGUAAAACAUCUACACCAGUGUCCAGAAAAAAAGAUAAUGACUUAUUAAAAUGUAUUAGCGAUGACAAUGAAACAUCAAAAUCUGAUUUUGAAGAAUACAGCCAAAAGAAAAAAGGAAAAAUGCUGAGAUCUCUUAUACGUUCUGUUACCAACAUUAAGUAUGAAUUAAAAGAUAUGACAACAAAAAUGGAUAGGAUUGAGGAAAGACAAACAAAUAUGAUGCUCUACACCACCAGUAAUGAUUAUACAUGUAAUAGUAGUGGUAAUGUUUUACAUACUAAUAGUAUUGAUGAAACUUGGAAUUUCCCUCUUACUUCUUUUGAAGAAUUGGAUGGCUUUGAACAAAAGUUGUUGGAUGAUGGUUAUAAAAUUAAAUUGAUCAGGAAAAAAGUAUUUUCAGUAUUAAACACAUGUUCUAUCUUAUUUGGUGCUGUUAGAGGUGUCAAAAAUUAUAAGAACUGUACGGACAUUGAUAUAAUAAAGCCAUUAAAGCCUUACUUGGCUAAUGCUACUGCUCGUGGAAAACCAAAAAGAAAGGACUAA